GCAAUUGUCCACGCCGAUGAUCUAUCAUCAUUCACCAUUCUUCUCCCAUAUCCCCUAUGAUCCAAUAACCAUUCACCCAUCACCAAUCUCUUAUCUUUUUCUUAUUCAAAAUCCAACCGUACACAAAAAAGCUUCCCUUUUCUUCACUAAACCCGUUAAUGGCUUCUUCUCUCAGUCUUUCAAGCCACACAGUGGCUUCAUUAUUCCCUUCUCACACUUCAAAGCCGCAGUUGUCACUUUCUAAAUCCAUCCCAAUUCUCACCAAAUCAUCACAGUCUCAAUUUCAUGGCCUUAAAUUCUCUCACCCUUCUUCUCUUUCAAUUCCUCGUUUUUCCACUUUUAAAACCUCGAUUUCUGCUAAGGUGAAUAAAGGUACAGUUCCUCCAGCAUUUACUUUGAAAGAUCAAGAUGGGAAAAAUGUAAGCCUUUCAAAGUUUAAAGGGAAGCCUGUUGUGGUUUAUUUUUACCCUGCUGAUGAAACCCCUGGUUGCACCAAACAGGCAUGUGCUUUUAGAGAUUCUUAUGAGAAGUUUAAGAAAGCUGGAGCUGAAGUUAUUGGGAUUAGUGUUGAUAGUGCAGAAUCUCACAAGAAUUUUGCCAAGAAAUACAGGCUACCAUUUACGUUGCUAAGCGACGAGGGCAACAAGGUGAGGAAAGAGUGGGGAGUUCCAUCGGAUCUAUUCGGAACAUUGCCUGGGAGACAAACGUAUGUUCUCGACAAAAAAGGGGUUGUUCAACUCAUUUACAACAACCAGUUUCAGCCGGAGAAACAUAUCGACGAAACCUUGAAAAUACUUCAAAGUCUGUAAAAAACAUUGGUCGAAUUUUUCUUCCUCGGGUACCUACAUAUGUGCUCAUUGUGUUAGACAAGUUUUUUUUUGGUAUGAUUCUAUAGCUGUGUUUUUUGGACCAGCUGAUCAUUUGUGUUGUUGGAAAUUAAGGUGCAAAUCUUGGUCUCAUGGAUUCUUACAAUGUAGGAGAAUUAUGAGUAAAUUGUAUUAUGUUCAAUUGAGAACAUAGUUUGAUGUUGUUUUAAAUCUAAUGGGAAUCCAUAAAUGCUUCAAAUA